GGCGGGGCAUGUGAGGAGCAGCAGUCGAUUUCAAGUUCGCCGUAUGAAUCUGGGAGCCUGCGAACUCCGGGUUGGGGAUCAUGAGUCUUGCUGGAUAACCAAGUGAGAGUGCACUUCAAGUUGAGCUUGGACUCGAGGGUUGCUUCUCCAAUCCUCCAGGCAAUGGAGAAACGUCACACACACACCCGUAUUUCCAUCUUGGUAUGUUUGUCAUAUGCUUGAUUGUACAAGUGUAGGAUGCUCUAUGUCUCCGCUUCCCAGGACAGUCACGCCAGUCUCGAGAAUCGGACAUGUCGGAGGUAGACCAGUGAGCGAAAGAUGUGCAGCAAGUGGCACUUCCGCGUCGCAGACAUAUUUGGUAUGCGACAAAUGGGGCUAUGCUAUGACAAGGUGUUGUGGCGUCGGUCUUGAAUGGGAUCAGGUGCUGUGGCAGAGAAAAAUCGGGGUACACGUAAAGGGGUCAGUGGAUCGACCCAUACAUCCCGAUAUAACAAAACUGCGAAUUGGGAGGGCAAGAGAGCCUGGCAAGGAAGGUGCCGACCAUUUGUUUACAUUUCGGACUCGAACAUUGAUUACGGCUCGUUCCGUCCAACGCCCCAGAGCAACUGAGAACUUUUAUCGGUGUUCUCGAGCUUUGAACUGCGACUACGUUCCACCGGUCUCUUAACGAUGCUCGAGCUCAAAUGUAUCCCACCGCACGAACUGACACAAGGGGAGAUUAAAAAGCAGAGGAGGCUCAUCCAGUACUGUACGAACCGAGAUCCUGAAAUCAUAGAACGGCUCGUACGGGAACAUGGGCCUUUCCCCCUUUUAUGGGAGUUCAA